AUGGCUGUGGCAAAGAAUGUCAGGGACCUCCAGGGAGCUGUUUCCCUCAAUUUGGACCUUAGGUCAUCUCCCCAAAGUACCAAGAACCUGCAGAACAAGGACUCCGGUUUCUUGGAUGUAAACUCUUCAGAAUCCACGGAUUUGGACAAGACCAAGGGCAUAACAGGGUUCCAGACCUUGGUUCAUGUGUUGAAAGGCAACAUGGGCACAGGGAUCCUGGGACUACCCCUGGCUGUGAAGAAUGCUGGCAUCCUGAUGGGUCCGAUCAGUUUACUGGUGAUGGGCUUCAUUGCCUGCCACUGUAUGCACAUCUUGGUCAGGUGUGCCCGGCGCUUCUGUCACAGGCUCAACAAGCCCUUUAUGGACUAUGGGGAUACCGUGAUGCAUGGACUAGAAGUCAGCCCCAGCAUCUGGCUCCAAACUCACGCCCACUGGGGGAGGCAUAUAGUGAGCUUCUUCCUCAUUAUCACCCAGCUGGGCUUCUGCUGCGUGUACAUCGUGUUUCUGGCUGAGAAUUUAAAACAGGUAGUGGAAGCUGUUAACAGCACAACCAACAACUGUUAUAACAACGAGACAGUGAUCCCGAUGCCCACCAUGGAUUCGCGACUCUACAUGCUUUCCUUCCUGCCUGUCCUGGUGCUGCUGGUCUUCAUCAGGAACCUCCGGAUCCUGACCAUCUUCUCCAUGUUGGCCAACAUUAGCAUGCUGGCCAGCUUGAUUAUCAUUGCCCAGUACAUUGCCCAGGAAAUUCCAGACCCCAGCCGGCUGCCACUGGUGGCGAGUUGGAAGACCUACCCUCUCUUCUUUGGAACAGCCAUUUUUUCGUUUGAAAGCAUCGGUGUGGUCCUGCCUCUGGAAAACAAGAUGAAGGAUGCCAGCCGCUUCCCAGCCAUCCUGUCUUUGGGAUUGUCCAUCGUCACCGCCCUGUACACCAGCAUUGGAACUCUGGGAUACCUGCGUUUUGGGGAUGACAUCAAGGCCAGCAUAACCCUUAACCUGCCCAAUUGCUGGCUAUACCAGUCGGUCAAGCUCCUCUACAUCAUUGGAAUCCUGUGUACCUACGCCUUGCAGUUCUAUGUCCCUGCAGAAAUCAUCAUCCCCUUUACCGUCUCCCGGGUGUCAAAGCGCUGGUCACUGCUUGUGGACCUGUCCAUGCGCUUUGCCCUCGUCUGCCUGACAUGCAUCUUGGCCGUCCUUGUCCCCCGCCUGGACCUGGUCCUCUCCCUGGUGGGCUCCGUGAGCAGCAGUGCCCUGGCCCUCAUCAUCCCCCCGUUGCUGGAGAUCACCACCUACUAUUCAGAGGGCAUGAAUGCCCUCACCAUCGCCAAGGACGCCCUCAUCAGCAUCCUGGGCUUUGUGGGCUUUGUGGCGGGGACUUACCAGGCCCUUGAUGAACUGAUCAAGCCCGAAGACUCUCUCCCCUUUUCCAACUCCACCAUUUUUAUUCAGUGA